AAUAGCGGGAGAUUGGAUUGGUUUCCGCUUUCCACUUUCCAGAAGUAAGAGGCCGAGGCGAAAUGUCGACCGUUAAAAUAACACCAGUCGCGUAUUCACUUUCAUCAUCGACCCUCAAACGCCAGCUAAUCCCAAAUCCCCAAUUCCACCGCCGCAAUCGCACCAUUUUCACCCAGCAUUUCAAGAACGGAACCCAAAGAAACCUUACUGUGUCCAUGUCUAGUUCGGACCCACUCCAAAUAUGCGUCAAGGAAUCUGUCACCACCCCCAACAAGCUUGGCGAUUGUCCAUUUUGCCAAAGAGUGUUGUUGACUUUAGAAGAAAAGCAUCUCCCUUAUGAUAUGAAGCUGGUAGACUUAAGUAACAAGCCAGAGUGGUUUACAAAUAUCAAUCCAGAUGGUAAAGUACCUGUGGUGAAAUUCGAUGAAAAUUGGGUUGCAGAUUCAGAUAUCAUCGCAAAGUCCCUAGAAGAGAGAUACCCAAAUCCACCUUUGGCAACACCUGACGAGAAGAGUUCAGUUGGCUCAAAAAUCUUUCCUGCAUUUGUUGGUUUUAUUAAAAGCAAGGACCCCAGCGAUGGAAAAGAGCAGGGAUUACUGAACGAGCUCAGUUCCUUCAAUGAUUACCUGAAAGAAAAUGGACCUUUUAUCAACGGGGAGAAGAUCUCUGCUGCGGACCUAGCUCUUGGACCAAAGCUUUACCAUAUGGAGAUUGCAUUGGGACAUUACAAGAAUUGGUCAGUUCCAGAGUCACUUCCGUAUGUGAAGUCUUAUAUGAAGAAUAUAUUUUCCAGGGAUUCAUUUGUGAAAACAAUUGCAUCAACAGAGGAUGUGAUUGCCGGCUGGGCAAAGCACACAAGCUGAAGCUGUCCAAGAUAUAUGGGCACUUUGAUUCCCUGCAGGAAGACUACCCUUGGUGUGAAUGGUUGGGUCUUAAGAUAUCAAAAUGAUUUUGGCAACUUGCAAUGGCUUGAAUGUAAAUUAAGCAUCCUAAUUGUGUAGUGUUGUAAAGACUUGUAUACUUACAAAAUCCAUGAAAAGUGUUCAGUGUGAAAAUAUUAAAUGUCGGGUAAUCCAUGGUCACAUUAACAUCAAUCCUUGAGUGAAACUUUUCAUUAUAA